AUUUGCUUUAUAGAGAGUAUGAUCUACUAUCUACCACCCAGUUCCAGCGGCUUUCGAUUGUCAUCCAUCGUCAAUUUCUUCAUCGUUCCCGCUACAGGUCUUCUCAAAGCAUUCGCGUACUUCAGGUACCUUGGCAGUGGUACCUACAUGCCAAGUCUCAUGACCAGCCCCGAGGUGCUCCUGCUGUUGUGCUCCUGCCAGCUGCUGAAACCCGUCCCUCUAGGCAGCCAUCGUCUUUCUGCCUGGAUUCACUUCAUUUUCCCUCCAACAAGAGCUGGCAAUACGCAGUCUCUGUGGUUUCAGGUAUCUUUCGGUGUACCUUUAUCUGUUGAGAAUAUGAAGAUGAGGGUGGAAAUUGGUACCAACAUGCCAUAUGAGAAGUCAGUCAAUUGGUUCCUUGCCAGAGAUGAUAACACUGCGACCUUGAAAACAAUCCCUAUUCUGAGAGUCGGCCACUCCAAGAGGAACGCAAGCCGAGAAGGAAAUCUUUCAGUCGGUUCCAGCCAAAACGGCAGUGCCUACGAAAAGCUUGCCCGCAUGGAUGAAGGGCUAAGAGUUGAAGCCGAUAGUCUAGAUGACGACGGCGAUGGCAUGGAUUCCGAUGAGUCAAGGAGCCUCCCGCCUUCGGAGGUGCCUUCUUGUAUCUGCGUCAAAAACACGAAGAACGAUCUUGUCGAGAAGCGUCGGUCCUGA